AUGCGUUCUAGCACCGAGCUCAAUGAAAAACGUCUACACGCAAUUCGAUGGGGUAGUUUCCCAGCUCGUGGAAAUCUUUUAUGCCAUUGGGAGGUCUCUUACUACCUACGCACCCAAAAACCAGAUCUAGUAAAAGAAAAAUAUAUCAGUUCCGAGUUUAUCCACGAUGAAACACAGUGCCAUUUCUAUUUCCGAACAUACGAGCAAGACAACAAGCAGGAAUCCGGAAAUGGAUUUUGCAAUUAUAAACUGUCGCUUUACUACAAGUGUAUACGGAAAAUGAUCGUGGAAUUGGAUGUGAAGGAGCCUGGAUUGGGGUCGGAAAGUGGAACGGGAAAAGCCUGUCGAAUCCACUUUAUCACAGCCGUUUCGCCUUCAAUUCGGAAGCGUUGGGAUAGUCGAAAGACAAAAGAUGAUCGCUUAGACGGGGGUUGGGAGCGAUACCAUGAGAUAUGGCGUGGACGGACCCAUUAUGAAAAACCGAAGAACAAGGAAGUCUUUUCCGAAAGCCCCGUAUUCAGCAUCACUUUUGAAAAUAUGGAUGACAGUUCAUUAUAUGACCUUGUCACCAGACUGCAUCACAGAAGCGGUGCAGAGGUGGAAUUUGCACGGAUACAAAUUGUCUAUGCGUUGUUGACACGAGCCCCAACGGAUGACUUUUCCCAUAUCUCCUAUAUCGAUAUACAUUCUUUGGAAAAUAUCAGGCUUAUCUAUUCUGGAAUAGGACUGGAUCCAAUGAAUUAUCAAUGCGACAAUGAUGGAAUCGCGAAUCAAUUAAUACAAAGCGCAGAACAAUAUCGGAAAUUCCUCAACCUAAUCCUACCAUAUUACCGGAAUCCAAAUGAUCGGAUUCGCUGUGAAUGGGUGUUGGAACAAAUGCUAACCGCUGUCGACCAAAUGGCUGAUCCAUUUUGUCUGAGGCAGCUUUUCCAAAAAAUGAUGACCGAGCGUCGAAGUACGGAAGAGCACGAGAAGCGACUGGUGAUCCAUGAAGGCUUUGUGAGGUGUCGAAAGGUUAUCGUGAUGCCGGCUAGAAUGAUUUACGUAGCACCAGAAACAAUGAUGGGGAAUCGAGUGCUCAGAAACCAUGGCAUCCACAAAAAGGAUCAAAACCAAAAUUCACCGGAUAAAUAUAUGAUACUGAGGGUGUCAUUUAGAAAAAUCCGAGAACGUUUGGGGAAAUUUUCGCACCUGGAAACAAUUUCAAAAGUUGUCGCCCGAUUGGGACUGUGCUUCACCCAAAGCCGGGCAGUCGAGGUGAACUUAAAAAGUGAUGGGGUUGCUGCGAGGGAUUAUGAAACGGAAGCCGAUGUGAUCGGAGGGCAAGACAGUAACGGGAAAGAAUAUACAUUCAGCGAUGGAGUCGGCAAAGCUUCGAAAGCUUUCUUACGACUUCUGGCCACAAAAUGCUCUUUCCCAAAGAAUUUUAUGCCGUCUUGCGUGCAGUUCCGGUUCCGAGGUGGAAAGGGUGUACUCACCCUUGAACCAACCCUUGAUGAUAUCCUCUCAUUUGGCAUUGCGCUAAGAUUUGUGCAAAAGGAUACGGGCUUUGUGGAUAAGUUACUAUUCCAUAAGCCAGACGCCAUCACAUUUCAUAAAGUCAUUUUUCGUGAUAGUCAGAUGAAAUUUCUUGGACCAAAACGAAAGGACGGUACUUCGGAUAUCGAAUUGGUGAAGCACAGCACCCCGACACCACUCUCAUUGAAUCGACCUUUCAUCAACAUUUUGGAUCAAGUCUCUGAAAUGCAAUCAGUGCAAUGCCAUACUCGUAUCUGUAAUCGUAUCGAAACACUACUUGAUCGACAUCUUCAUAUGGUUUCAAUGGUGCUGGUCGAUGAGGCACUCUGCAGGGCAAAGCUUAAAGAAUUGACGUAUCGACUUGAUUUGGAUCGUAUGGGGUUGUUUGAAAUGUGUACGGAACCAUUUUUCCGUUCGCUGGUCAAAGCUUUGGUCCGCUAUUCCAUACACAAGCAACUUCACAAGGCGCAGAUCCAAAUUCCACAUAACCUCGGGCGAGCAAUGUUCGCAGUCGACAUUCCACAGUUACACCACCUUCGGGAUGUCAUUGUAUUCCCACGACAUGGCCCUCGUCCACAUCCUGAUGAAAUGGCUGGCUCGGACUUGGAUGGUGAUGAAUAUUCCGUAAUUUGGGAUAAAGAGCUGUUGUUCGAUUACAAUAUGCCGGCAAUGGAUUACACCUCGGAAUCAGCUCCCAAGAACCUAACAAAAGCCGAGGUUACAUCUCAGAUGAUUUCUUACUACUAUGACUACCUAAUACAGGAUCAGGUUGGAAUGGUGGCAAUUGCUCACCUUGCCGCCUCUGACCUCUACGGAUUGGAUUCUCUCGUGGCCAAAGGCAUUGCGAAAAAGCACUCGCAAGCUGUGGAUUUCCCAAAAACCGGGAUAAAACCGGCGAAUCUGACAACAGAUUGGACAAUGACUGAUGAUGAACCGCCCAUCUUAAUGCCGCCUGAAAGAACCAAACGAUAUCCAGAUUUUCUGGAAAAAGAUCAUGAACCUGUAUAUCGGAGUCGUCGACUUGCUGGAAGGAUCUAUCGGCAAAUUCGGACCGUGGAAGAUAUUCUACAUUUCUCGGCACAUCGAGAUCAGCAAUUAAGCAUACCUCUUGACGAGACAAUUACAAUACCUGGAUGGGAAAUAUUCAAAAAGGAUGCCGAAGAUGAUUAUGCACAAUAUUGCAAUUCUAUCCGGCGAGAAAUGGAGUAUUACGGUAUCCUCACCGAGGCUGAGCUCCUUUCCGGCGCUAUAAUGGAAAUGAGAAACAAGUUAUCAGAAAAGGAACAGGAUGAUAUGAGCCUUUACAAUACAACACAUGUUAUCGAUAAUAAGAUGACAGCCGUCUGGACAAGCUUCCGGAAAAAAUUCUUCGAGAAGGCAAACACCCACGCCGGGCUGCCAGCUUUUGGUUUAUACCGUCAACUAUGUGCCCUACGCCAAACUGUACAUUCCAAUGAGAACUAUGAUCUGCAUUAUUUCUGUAUGAGCUCCGCAAUGACGAGGGAGAUGAAACAAAAGGCUGUAGCGUAUUACAAAGUAGCUUACGAACAUGCUCAAAAUGUACACCCCGAACAAGGGCGAGUACUUUCAUUCCCCUGGCUUGUUUGGGAUGUACUCACGGAAGUGAAGCGUGAAUUCUCUCUCAACCCCGCCAAUGCUGAAAUUGCGGCUCAGCUGGCUGAUCGCCAUUUUUAUCAUCAACUGACCACUCAUAUCUCGUUGUAUUGCAAGGAGAAGCAGAAAGCUUAUGAGGAAUUUAUCCUGCGAGUCCGGUCAUUCCGAGUCCUCUAUAUGUAUUGCCUGAAAUAUGAUGGCAGAGGCCAUUGGAGGACUCGACAUCGCGAGACUAUGGCUGAAAAUGAAAAGGAUUUGCCUGGUCUGCUACAAUUACUCUUUAUCGUUAGCCAAUGGGCCGAAAUUUCAAAGGUUUGCGAGGGACACUUUCGGGAAAUGCAUGUACUUUUGCUAUUUCUACAAUAUUCAGUGGGCUCAUUACCAGGAGCUCAAAACGAUGGGAAUGUCCAGAUACAAAAGAUUGAUCUUGCUGCCGUUAGCCAAAUUGGUGUGGAUGAUACUGUCAGUCUACGUGGACCGGGGCAGCUUCUUGUUGGAUUUAUGCAGUAUGUUGGCUCAAGUGCAUUCCUCCACCUCGAGCGCCUCGAAUUCUCCGAUAUGCAAUAUGAGUCAAUUCUGGAGGAGCUGGAAUGGAAGCCAUUGCAUGCUGCAGCCCGAUUGUCUUUUCUAUCGAUGGUCUUUUCUUCGCGAUUUGAAGAUUUGCCUUUGGAGAAUGCGGAAGAAGCACUUCCCGAGGUUGUACGAGAGGGCCCUCCUUUUACCAUUGAGCUCCCAAUGUCGAUACGAGAAGUCAACAUCGAAGGCUCACUUCGUGAACUAUGUGGACUUGAAGAUAUUCGAUUACGCCGUAAAGCGUCAAAACAAAAGGGUGAACCAGCUACAAAAAUUCGCGUCUCUGCGAUGGGAACGCAACGAGCACUUCGGAAGCUCCGUCUCCUUCUGCUCGUCGACCCCUUCGACUAUUCGGCAAGAUAUAAGUUUACGCCAAAAAUUUCUGUU